UUACAAGUUGCCUUGGGAUCUACCUCUUAAGUGCAGUCUGAACCACACAGGCCCAAACCAUUUCCAAAGUUCCACUUUGACAUGUUUCUUAAAUCAGUGGAUAAAUGGCUUCCAACACUCAGUGUCCAGGAAGAUGAAGAAGGCUGUGGAGUGGGGGUUGGCCGUGGGAUCGCUAGGUGGGGUUUUCUGCUUCUUGGGCCUAAGGCCUCCUCCUCGGUGCAGGCUCCCCGCCCAGUCCCGGUGUUCGCGGCAGCUGUUGCCAGGCACUUCCUCCUCGCUCCCGCCAGUGCGCUCGGGAAGCCGCUCCUACGCCCAAAGUCGUGGCCACCCUGGAGGGAGGGGGCCGGAGGGGAGGUGUCGCAACCGCCUCCCUCCCUCUUUCCCCGCCUUGGCACUCAGUCACCUAGCAGAUGAGCGCGCUAGCAGACGGCGGCGGGCGCCCGGGCGCCCGGCAUGUCCCCUGAGCGCGUGCAGAUGGCGGCCACUGGCUCUCUGCGCACCCUGGACCAUGCCAAUCACACCUUCUUUCCUUUUUUCUCCGACGUCAAGGGUGAUCACCAGCUAGCGCUGAGCGCAGUGGAGACCACUGUGCUGGGAAUCAUCUUUGUAGUGUCACUGCUGGGCAAUGUCUGUGCCUUGGUGCUAGUGGCUCGCCGACGGCGCCGCGGGGCGACUGCCGUCCUGGUGCUCAACCUCUUCUGUGCAGACUUGCUCUUCACCAGCGCCAUCCCAUUGGUGCUCGUUGUGCGCUGGACCGAGGCCUGGCUGCUGGGCCCGGUCAUGUGCCACCUGCUCUUCUAUGUGGUGACCUUGAGCGGCAGCGUCACCAUUCUCACGCUGGCGGCUGUCAGCCUGGAACGCGUGGUGUGCAUCGUGCGCCUACGGCGCGGUUUGAGCGGUCCGGGCCGGAGGGCACAGGCUGCGCUGCUGGCUUUCAUCUGGGGCUACUCAGCUCUUGCUGCGCUGCCCCUCUGCAUCUUGUUCCGCGUGGUCCCUCAGCGGUUCCCGGGCGAGGACCAGGAAAUUCCAGUUUGCACGUUGGAUUGGCCCAACAUUGCAGGAGAAAUCUCGUGGGAUGUGUUUUUUGUGACUUUGAACUUCCUGGUACCUGGACUGGUCAUUGUGAUCAGUUACUCCAAAAUUUUACAGAUUACAAAAGCGUCAAGGAAAAGGCUCAACUUGAGCCUGGCAUACUCCGAGAGCCACCAGAUUCGUGUGUCCCAGCAGGACUACCGGCUCUUCCGCACCCUCUUCCUGCUCAUGGUCUCCUUCUUCAUCAUGUGGAGUCCUAUCAUCAUUACCAUUCUCCUCAUCUUGAUCCAGAACUUCAAGCAGGACCUAGUCAUCUGGCCAUCCCUCUUCUUCUGGGUGAUGGCUUUCACAUUUGCCAACUCAGCCCUAAACCCAAUUCUGUACAACAUGUCACUGUUCAGGAACGAAUGGAAGAAAGUUUUUUGCUGCUUCUUGUUCCCAGAAAAGGGAGCCAUUUUUACAGACACAUCUGUCAAACGGAAUGACCUAUCUGUGAUAUCCAGUUAACUAGGUGAGCCAGAUAGCCACACUGUGCUUGUAAAGGGAGUUACUUUCAGACAGUUCACCAGCAUACCCUGCCUUAAGAAAAUACAACUUCCAAGAGCACACUACAGCACUGGUAAAUUAAGGGAUAAUCAUUUAAGUAUAAUGUUUUUUCCUUAGAGAAAAAUGACUUACUAUGGGUUCCUUUAAAAUAUGAAUUUUUAAGUGUGUUUCUAAUGUGAUAGAGUUAAUAAUUUUUUAUUUAUAACUGUUCCUACAUAUACAGCCAUACCCUGUGGUUGCUGAAAUGAACUUUGGAAUAGAUUCAGGGCUCAGAUUUCUAUUAAAGAGUCAUGGCCACCCUAAG